GUUCAAAAGACCCUGGUGAUGCCGGGAACCCAUGUUUUGCUCACAAGAUACAUGUAACCAAAUAUCGGUAGAAGGAAAGCACUUUGAAGUUGUCAGUAGGAACUGGAGGCUAAUAAUGAAGGAGUCAGUGAAGGAGGCCAAUGGCAUGAGGGUUAUCUCACAGCCCCAGAUGCUGGAUAAGUUGAAGGAGGCAGAAUCGCUUUUGGAUGACAUUCAGAAAGGCCUGAAUGAUUAUUUGGAGAAGAAAAGACUAUUCUUUCUAAGGUUUUUUCUUUCUGUGCAACGAUGAGCUCUUAGAAAUCCUUUCUGAGACAAAGGAUCCACUCCGAGACCAACCACACCUAAAGAAAUGCUUUGAAGGAAUUGCCAAGCUCACUUUUAAUCAUGAGAAAGAAAUUACUCACAUGGAGUCAGCAGAAAAUGAAAAAGUAGAGCUCAUGCUGCGUAUAAUUCCAGCAAGUGCCAAGGGGCUAGUUGAGAAAUGGCUUCAUGAGGUGAAUAUCUUUAGCUCUUAC